AUGCUUGCAGUUUGCCAGGGAGCUCGUGCAGUAAUUCUGGAAAGUGCAGUAGUACAAAUCAUUUUGAGAUGUGUAGAGAGAACCAAACAGCUUCGUGCCAAGCAGGCCGAUGACAAAUGGCAUACACUGGGUGACAACCGUUCCUUGUUCGGAGGUCAACUGGGGAUUGAGUCAGCUAAACGGAUCUCCGAGGCCUUGGGUGAGAUGUUAGCAGGUUUUGAAGGCAAUGAUGAUGUGCGAAGUCGCUUUUUGAAUGUGGCCAAGAGCUUUGAUCAAUCAGAAGUGUCCUUGCGGCAGCUUCAACAGUCCUUUGGUGAUAACCUCGAUGGCCUGGAAGCCAUGCGCAACAAUUUUGAUCGCUGCACCGAAGAAGUGAUUCGAUUGGUGAGUCUACUGGAAGGUGACUGUGCGAGCAUGAGACUUCAAUUGCAUCGAACACUGAAGAGCCCACAAGAGCGCAUGAGUCAAAACCUCUUUGGUGGCAUUGAAUCGCUGGGCAAGAGUCGCUUGGUGCUAGAGAAUAUUCCUGCAUCACCAGAAGAUCAUAUCGGUGGAUUGCUAGACACACUGGAACAUGAUUUAUGUGAUACUCCGCUGACUCACAUGGUCCAAGUGGCACAAGAUGUGAAUGAUCACAUCGUGAGGCAGCUCUCAGAGAAGGGUCGACUGGAGAAAUUGAGGCCUUGCAGACUUAGCUUUGAUGCCACUGCCCAGGGCCAGUGGGUUUCUCCUGCCAGGAUCAUUGAAGAAAUGUUCCGAACGCUAAAGCCUUGCAUCUUUGAAUCUGCAAAUGCCAUGGCUGAAGUGGACACCGCGGACGCCGGAACCGAACCGGAUGUGUCAGCUGAGCAGGAGACUGCAGCUUUGAUUGCAUCAGGCGGACUGAUGAGCCCAACUCGACCACCAGUAGAUUUGUCCUUCGCUCGUGCCCAGCUCAGCAAGGUUCCAAGUUCGAAACCUCCGUCGAAGGACACCAAUCCUCCAAACAGACGGAAGGGAUCCAGACAAUCCGUACAACGCACUUCUGUGGGGUCGGGAACAGGCUCAGCAGGUUUAGGCGACUUCAAAAGACCAGAGGUGCGGAGGAGGCCGUCUGGACAUGAUGCAAAGGUUGACUCGAGUGAUCCUUUGAACGGAACUCUGAGGCAGUUCAGACGGCAAAGAUCCUUGAAUGCAGGUUCAAGUGUCCCACUGUCAGCCAGUGCUAGUAGUCCGGACUUGCCAGGGUUGGUGAGAAAAGACCUUCAACCGAAAGCUGUUGGCAGUCUUGGUCGCGCAAACAGUUUGCAGAGUGCUUCGGCCACAGAAUUCAGAAACGAGUUGAAACACGUCUCUGCAGAGGGCAGAGAUGGUAGAGGGGCUAGCAGCCUUGGAGUUGGUGUAGAUCCGAGCCGUCCGAGCCUGGGUGAUUUUCCACUCGACCCACUGGCUCCUGCUGGCCAUGCAGUCGGCCAUAGAGAUGCAAGUGAAGUCCAUGGCAAGGAAAGACAAGAAGAUGCACAAGACGGACAAGACACACAAGAUGAAACGACACAUGCUGACUGUGGAGCCAGAGAUGAAAGACUGGCUGGAACUUCAGGGCAGUUGGAGCCUCCGGAGCCUAGCAGAGCUCAGGUGUCAGCUGCUCUGCUUGGUGGAAGCUCAGGUCAUUCUGAUCUUCCUUGGCCGCCCGGGCCUAGACAGCCUGGUCUGCAUUCCGAGGUCGACCAAGGUCAGCUCCAUCUGCGGCACCAUGAAGCAGGUCCUGCAGAUCCAGCUGAUGGUCCCCGUUUGUUGGGCACCGAGACCGGCCAGUUGAUGUUGGGAAACAAGGCCAACCAGGGUAACCACAGUAACCAGGGCCACCUGGACCCACUGCCGGAAGUUUCUGCACCCCGCCCAGGGGAGCAAGAUGUACAGCCUUUGCCCCCAGGGCUUGAAACGAAUGGCGUCAGUGGGCGCUUGGCUGAACCCAGAAGAUCGAGAAUUAGAAAGUCUUCUGAACCAGAUGUGUUGGCGGAGUACUCGCGGUUGAUGGCUCCAGGUCAACGAGCAGGCUACGAACAGCAAAUGACGGUGAACCCAUUCAUGGGAAGCCCAUUGCUGGUCACAAAGUCUAAGUUGGAAGAACGCCCUCGAAGGCAGUCUUUGACAGCUUCAGACCCACUUUUUCCAGGGAAACUGGAGCCACUAAUACCGCUGGGUUCCAAACCUGGUCUUCCUGCUCCAAUGGGCCUGGCUGGAAUGGCCCUGUCUGGAACAGCAGCACAGCAGCAAUGGCACUUUCGGUGGAGCAGUUUCAAAGCCCCAGUUUUGCUGAUGACAUUCCCCACAUCUCCCCAACAUAAUGGGGGAAUCCCCAUUAAACUUAUGUCCACCUCUAUAGCUUAUUCUAAUGUUUUUUAA